AUGGCGCUGGGGAUGACAAAGCCGAAAUUUGAACAAUUUGAGUGCAAGUGGGUGAACGAUACGCAAAAAGGUGUUUAUCGAGGUGAACGGAAGGGAAUGAGGAUAGUGAGCAAGACUUUGCACAAGAGCAGCUAUGAUUUAGGAUUGUUUAUUGUCGUAGUGGUUGAGCGAAGUGCGGUAUUUAUCGGUAUAUUCCGCCAAUUCUUCAGAUUAUACGGCAAAUUGGAUAUCGCAGUGGAUGUACAAGUCGACGAGGACGAGGAGAGUAAUGAGGAGAAAGCGCUGAUACGGGAGCUGGAACAUAAGCUAGCACAUGAUAACAGUAAUAAAGAGGGUUCGCAGGUCGAGCUCGAUCAACUCCGGCAGAGGAAGAAGACGGUCGACGAGAGCAACGUUGAGCUUAAGAAUGAGAUUAAGCAGCUAAGCGAUGAGCUUUACAGGAUAGAUAAACACAACAAGCAAUCCACAGAUACACAAAUACGACUUGAGAAUGAGAUUAAGACGUACACGGAGCAAAUGGAUCGAUAUAGCAGCGAUAUAGCAGCGAAUGAAGCAUAUAUAGCCACAGUAAGCGUGGAAGAUGUAGACAAAGAGCUGCUUUCCACUACAAACACGGUCAAUCAGCUGCACGCCGACAUAUCGUCAUUAUCGAGUCAGUACAAUCAGCUGAACGAGCAGCUCAACGCGAAUAGCGCGCCAAACUCUCCGCCGCUUGAAUAUAACUUAUUACCAUCUCAAUUGUUAGACGACUACGACUAUGAAUAG